UUAAAACAGCGUUCGGGCUCCCUGUGUGCGACCCUACAUGUAAUAGCUUAUUUAUUAUUGCGAUAAUGUCUUUAUUUUUACAAUGAGAAAGGCAUAUUAUUUCUUCAUGUAAAUUCUCACAUUUUCGUUAGUGCCGAAAGCCUGCAACGACGCCCAAAAAAAACAGCAGUUCCUGACUUCCUGUUUCUCUUUUUUCGUUUUCCUUCCUGUUUCCAAAUUAGGCAGUGGGAACGGCAAUGACGUACGAGAGAGGGUGUGUUUCCGGUUUGAAAGUUGCCUUAACACGUCUACAUCUACCUCUACAUUUCAGUUGUCAAGACAAGUUUCGAAACGUUUGUGCCACACCAACAAGACAGUAAAUCGAUCUGAGAGGAUGAAAUUCGUCGACCCGAUAGAGUCUGAAUCAAUCCGCGAAAGAACGCCUUCACAAGGUAUUUUAAAUCGUUGUUUGCUGGUGGAAUUGUUUCUGCUUGAGUUUUUUCAUUUCUCGGCUAUUACGUGGCUAGUGGCGUGAUUCCAUACUGUAACGUAAAAUUCCGAAAAAAAGCCCCUCCAAAUAUAAGCCCUCCAAACUCGUAACGCCAAAAACCCUCCGUUAAUCGCCCCUCCGAAUAUAAGCUCCCGGCGGCUUGUACUUGCAAAUUGCCCUCAUGACAAAGCAACACAUAUAUAAAUUUUUGUAUUACGUGUGCCAAAUGAUUGCUGCCAGAAGUGUUGCAGUUUGUUGCUGUUUGCGGAGUUCACUCUUUACUCUCGGCUUGGAUUUCCUUGGUCCAUAUGGACAUAGGCGUACGGGCCGGGGGGGCGAGGGGGCUGCAGCCCCCCCAAAUUUUGGGCGACUCAGAUUUUUUGGGCAGCAAGAGAAAAUUUGGGCAAAGCCAGUUUUUAAAGACGUUUCCAUGUUUUUUUUAUUAAUCUAAAGAGACAAAUAUUUUCUAUUUUAAUCUGAAAAAAUCCUGAAGUCAGCGUAAUAAUCCAGUUACAUUCUCUCGAGACACUCACAGUGGUUGCCUAGCGCGUGAUGAGUUUCUGGUUAUAGGGAAGGGUAUCAUUUGUUGAUUUACAUAUUUAUAGUUUUCAUUGGUGAGCACUGUACUGCACUGCACUGGCUGGAAUGGGCUCUUUCCAGUUGUGAAUUGAUUAGAAUAAAUUUCUGCAUAUCUUUCUAGAAUCAUCUCAGCAACAGUGGGUCUGAAAAUGACGAAGUGGCUGACUAGUAAUCCGCUCGAAUUACGAGAAGAAUAUUAAUUUUUUUAAAAAAUCUAUCAAGCAGUAAUUUAUUAAAGUAGACCGAAAUGUUUACAAAACCGCUAACAAGAGCCCCUCGAUACAUACUAAUGAAAUCCUUCUCUCUAGCAAUCGGCCGGAGCCAUAUCCAUGAUCAUAUCUUUUACACACGUUUUUAAAAAGAUUGCAAAGCUACUAUGAGGUGAAAUUGCAUGUCAAAAGAGCUUCGUUUUCUACAAAUAACAGCCAAACAUCAAGAUUUUUUUCCCCAUAUUUAUAAUGAUAAAACCUUCAUCCCAAAAUAUCCCAAUAACGCUCCUAUAAUGAUGAUUCCGUUUUAACUUCACGAACAUCGAGGCGACUAUUGGAGAAAAAAGUUCCCCGUGAACAAUUUUGUAGGAAUAGUUCCCAGUGCCGAGAAAUAUUGCUGCAAGUAAAAUAGACAAUGGCGUCAUUUCGUUGCUAUGACAAUUCCGAUGUCAUUAAAACCCUGCUCAUGAUAAAUUUUCAUCUUUAUCUAAUAAAACUAUGGUAGCAGUUUUUCCAAAUGUUUGUCUAUGGCGACGUAGUUAUUCUCAAAAUUGGGAGGUAUUGACCUUUAUAUGCCAGUACGGCCUACGUUAUUGCAUCGUAUCGCCCUCGUUUCUUUUCUACUGUUUCAUAAAAAUUUGCGCAACUUGGGAGAAUUUUUUGGGCAAAUAGCUUAACGCCCCCCCUGGCAAAAAAUGGCCCGUACGCCUAUGCAUAUAUGGACAAAGUACUUGCAUGGCUGCGUUUUACAAAGGUCUACGUCAUCAAGGUGACUUUCAAUAAAACCUUUCUGCAAAUUUCUGACGUAAAUUUCCUUCGAACUAUAAGCUAGCCCAAUCGGUUUUGAGACGCAAAUUUCCCUCCGAGUAUAAGCCUAGCCGAUUUUGAAACGCAAUUUUCCUUCCGUAUAUAAGCCCGUCCAAAAAUAAGCCCCUCAAAAAGGGCCUUUGAAAAAUGUAAGCCCUGGGGCUUACUUGCGGAAUUUUACGGUAUUUUAUGUCGAAACAGAGGCUAUAGUAGCAGAAGAAGUAAGAUAAUCAAUAACAGAUAAAAGCUUCUUAUUGUUAACGUUCUCGUAAGGCAGUAAUUAGGAUUCAGAUCAAAUUUGUCGGUUAUAUAUAAGUUAAGUUUAUAGUUAGGGGUGCCGAGACAGGAAGCUAGCGCUACAGUGUUAACCAUGCAAGUUUCCUCCAAUUAUAUAGGCAGACAGAAAUACUCACUUUUAGGAAAACUCUUCAAUUGUGAAGAGUUAUUUUUAUCUGUAAUAUUAUGUUUCCAAUAUGUUUUUUUCUUAUCAUCUGACAUAUUAAGAACAAUUUUAUGGAUCUUGUGUAAUUUGGGCACCCCUCGGUCGAGUAUGGGUCUACACUAUCGGUCGAUACUCGGUCAACAUGUCGACUGACAUAUCAGCCAACUCUCAAUCACCAUACUAGUGGACUGCCGGUCGGCAUGUUGAUGGAUAUGCCAGUAGACUGCACGACAGUCUGUAUUUUUGCGUAUUCAAGUACGUGCGAGCAGUCAAACAAAAUUAGGUCUGGAGAGAGGCUGAAAACAGAGAAUGAGACAUGCUAGCUCGAGCGUGUGAGACUCUUACACUAUUAAACCGAUUUUGAGAAAAAAAAACAGACUGUUUUGCAAUCUAAUAUGUCAGUUGAUACUGGAGUGAAUAUCAGCUGAUGUAUCGGCUGACAUAUCGGUUGAUAUGUUAGCCUGCACUCAACCGUGUGUUGGUCAAUAUGUUGACCAAUAUGUCAACUAAGCACCGGUCAGUACUUGGCCAAAUUAUACCAGUCGACACCCAGUCAAUGCAGUGACUGUCAAUUGUCUGUGGGAUAUCAGUGGAGGGUCAUAUGAUAUAAUUUGUGUUAGUAAAAUCCAACUAGUGGUCUAUUGUCAAUGCUGCAUUCUGAUUGGUUGAGCUACUACCAGGCUGUAUGUUACAGCGCCGGCUUUGAAAACCAAAACAAUGGCGGCUGAAUCGUGUUUUGCUAGCUAAAGUUCUUCUCGAUAUUUUUGACCGACUAGUUGGAUUUUACUAAAACAAUUAUUCCUCUUGCCCUGAUCAUAGACUCAGAGCCCAUACGGGCUCGAGCGAGGAAAAAUUGCCAAUUAAUCAGAAUGGGGCAGCUGGUGCCAUAGCCUGAGAAAACAGCCUACAUUUUGCCUCACUACCACUGCUUUCCCAGCGAAAUUAAGUCUGACUGAUGACUGGAGAAAUUCCAUACUGAUGGUGUUGUCAUUACCCAGAUCUGGGUAGCUCUUCUGCUUGGUCAUAUGCCACAUGGGAAAUCUGCCUCAGCUAAUCAGAGGCACUACCCAGGUAUGGGUAAUGAUGCGUCAUCAGUAUGGAAUUUCUACAGUCGCUGCUCAGAAGUCAUUUUGCAGGUAAAUGUGGCUACAACGGGAUAUACUGAGGAUGAUUCAAAGACUUGUAAUCUAGAAAUAUGAAAUAAACAUCAAAGUACACAGCCUUCUAAGAUUAGAUAAUGAUUCUUCUGGCAUGUCCAGGUUCGACCAUUUUUCAUUUGACACAGUGCAGUGUGCAAUCGAUAAAUGAGCUAUUUUAAUGUUUGAACAAAAAAAUCAUGCAGACACGUGCAAUAAUCCUAACUCUUGACACUAUACUGGUUAAAACUGCCAAAGCUCCUCAAAAAUCACUGUAUGGACAAUGCAACAACAAAAAUUUGAGAUGUUACAGGUCAAAACUGAUUUCAGGUUAAAUUUUUUUAACCUAGGUCGAUUCUCAAUUUCCUUUGUCUCCUAACCCAAACUAUUCAUGAAUUAGGGCUAGGAAACAAAGGAAAUUGAGAAUCAAUCAAAGUACGUAUACCUGUAAUCAAAUUUGACUCGUAACAUAGAGAAAAAAAUUGAUAAACCUCCAGAAGAAUAGUGGACUAAGUAUCAGCCAAAUGUUGGUAGCCUAUUGAUCAACAUAUCGGCCAACUAUCAAUCAACAUACAAUGUCACCCAACCAACACUCUCGGCUAACAUGCUGGUCCACUCUCGGUCGACUAUCACUUAACAUGUAAGGCAACAAAUUGACCGAUAAAGCGAUCGAGAGUGGGUUGAUAUGUCAGCCAACAUGUCCAUUGAGUAUCGGGUGAUAGUGUUGACCGAUACUUGACCGAGGGGUGCCAAAAUUAUGCAAUUAAGAUCCAUCAAUAUAAGAGAGGCCCAGGUCCACAACAAAGUUUUAUAUGGGGAGGCUCCACCUCAGGGUCUGACCCCUCGUUACCCUCUUAAAGUAAUGUUCCAUUAUAUGCCUUGUUUAUAAGUCAGCUUGGAGCACAAAAGCUUCUCAAUCAGCAGUUUCUGAAUGAUAUAAUAGUCAUUUGAUAGUGGAACCCCGCCACCAUAGAACUGCCACUUUACAACGACCUUUUUUGUGGUCUCGCCAAAAAUCCACUCAUUCUCUUAAUUGGAAACUUGUUACCAUAAUCCAACCACCCCCAUUAUAAUUUAAGACCAACAAGGCCACCACCUUUUAGUCCUUAUUUUCUUUAUAAAAUUACGCUGUUAAUACAACCUGUUCAAUUUCCUGGUGAGGAAGCUUAGUGAAGACAGACUUUUUCAAAACUGUUUGAACUUGCUAUUUCUGUUUAACGUGUUGCAAGUAAGCUACAAUAUAGAGAAUGGCUCAUAGGGGUAUUUCUCAUCUCCCAUGUACUGAUCGGUUUUGUAUAGUUACAUCAUUAAGUUGCAAUGUAUUGCAGUUGUAAGGUUGAAAAAUAACUGUAAAAAGAUUGAGUUAUAGCAGAAUUAAAGGUAUUCAUGUGUAGUAGAUGUUUAAGGCAUGUUACACCUUAAUGUGACCCUAUAACCUCAUUAAUAUGACCACGCUAUUAAAAAUAUACAACCAAAUUUUCAUGACCCAAAGGUGGACACAAUUCACGCAUUAAGCAGUUUCUGGACUAUAUAUUAGGACUUUAUAAGUGGACUAUUUUUAUUAAGCUCUUUUAACUUGAUAAUUUUUUUAAUUCAUCUGACCUUUACUCAUUAAAAAGACAUUAUUGUUUGCUUUGAUGCUGCUUUUGGUUUAUUUUAUUUUCUGACUAUGCAGACCUAUUCUCCUGGAAGUUACAAUUUAUAACAAAAACUAAAUAAAAUAACUAAAGCACUUUAUUUGAUUGUCAAUGUAUUUAGCAUGAAAUUACUAACUGCGGACACUUUUUAAAUUUAUGUCUCCAACACUGGAGAUGGGACCACCAUUUAACGUGGUCAUCUGAGGCACGUGAAGGUCUAGCUGCUUGCAGUGCAAAGGCAGUACCUUCAUUUUUCAGUUAUUUUAAGACCCUGAGUAUUGGUCUGGCCCUAGGAAUGAAACUCGCGACCAGCCACUCUGCAGUCAAGCGUUCUGCCAUCUGAGCUUAUCCUGCCGCAGUUAACCCCUUUAUGUAAAAACAUGUCGAGGCCUACACCUAGUCAACAUCAAUUUAAGUUCAACUUAACUCCUCUCAGUCUGAACAUGACAGUAUGAUUAAUAAUAAUUAUUAAUCAUACUGUCAUGUUCAGACUGAGAGGAGUUAAGUUAACACUUAAAUGAGAGAUUAGGAGACUAAUUAUUAGUCUCCUAUUCUCUCAUUUUGUUUAGAUGCACAUGAUUCAGAUGAAGAAAUAUUUGAGAAGACAACAAUUCCAGCUGUUGAAGUUUUUAAUAUGAGUACAGUUGACUGCCAAGCCAGUGCAAAUAGCCAAGAUGAUGAAGAAGCUGGUAUCAUUGAUAAAGCAGAAAGGCGACCCAUGAAGUUUCCAUGUCCUCCAGGUCCAACCCAGGCUGCAGAAUCAAAUGAAAGUAACAAGUUACAUAAUAAUAACUGUUCUUUUCAGGAUGGUGGGAAAACAACUGAUCCACGGAGCCUACUUGAAGGUAAGCUGCAGGUUGGAAUUCAACUACUGGCAUUAAUAAUG